UAGCAAUACCGGCACUGCAGUGCGGUUCGGGCAACAGCGUAGGGGACACGUUUUCGCGGCAAAUUCUAUCGAUUCCACGGGUCUUAAGUAAAGCGACUCUGUUAUUGUCAUGUUUUUUUAAGGAAAACGUGACAGAAUAACGUUGUGAAGUCACUAAAAAGACCGUUCUCCGUGUGUGCAAUAUUGUGGCUGCAGUUAAAUAUUGAAAUGUUUGUAAAGCACGCUUUGGAUGACUGAAAACAUUGCUGUGUAAACGUGUUAUGCCGGAAUUGUUAUUUGGGCAUGAAUGAAGUUAGAUGUGAAAAUUCAUAGAGGAAGUGAAAAUGAAAAAUCAGUGCAAAACUUCUCAAAACUAGCAACACUAAUUAAAACUGCCGGCUUCAAAAAUUUCAAAUUGUGGCGCGCUAAGCCAAAAAAUUACAAAAUAUUGCCCGUUCCGUUUCACCACUGCCUAAUCACAGACUACCAAAAUGAACGCUUUAAAAUAAUUUUCUAAACGCACAAACGGAACGCACUCGAAAACUAAAAUAACGCGGGAAAGAGAUAGCGAGCUCCGUCCAGAAAUAGUUUGUUCAAAAAUAGAAAAAAAAUGCUCGGCCAGGCCUCAGUAACAUACGGUAGCGCGGCGGGCGAGGGAUCCCUUGCCAAAUGGUGGCAAAAACCAUGGAAAGCUAUGGCCGAUCUAGCCGAAGCAGUGGACGAUCUUAUAUGUAGCUUCGAUUAUAUGGACACAGCCAUGGAUAACCUAGUGAUGUUGAUGUUCAUUUGGUUGCUAUUCUCCAUCGUACUGCUCGGCAUAGCAAAAUGGGCUUACACCCGUUUCACGACGAAAAAACCAGUGGAGGCAGAAGUGAAACCGACGAAAACGCCCGUAGCGGCCGAGGAUCCGAAAAAAAAUAUAGCGAACGAAAUAAUAAACACAGCUGACAGUGUGUUAGCUACUAGUGCUAAAGUGAAGACUGGUGCAUUUACGUCUAAGCCUAAGGGCACAGGGUUUGUGCCGCCAACGCCGCCAAACAAGAGGAGGUUAGGUCGUAUGUCUCCGGGCCCAGAAACUAUUAUUAAUUUAAAAAAGCAUCAAAGUUUGAUAGUCCCUACGUGUACGGGGCCGGACCCCCCGAGUGUGCAAUGGGUGAACGAUCUGUUGACGUGGUUAUAUAACGAUUUAGUGAUCACCAACGAGUUGGUGCAGCAAUGGAUUGUGUCCAUGAACGAGUUUUCGAAAAAGUCCGUCGAAGAGCAUGGUAUCGGCGUGGAGCUGGUCCGAGCGCUGGACAGCCAGCCGCCGUCGAUCAGCAACGUGUUCUGUGAGUGCGACUCCAAGGAUGACGUGACUGUGACCUGUGACUGCGACGCUACGCCCGCGUUUCAGCUGAAGGCCUUCAGCCAACGCGGGGAAAAGGUGGAGGUGUCCCACUACCGGGUCAAUGUGAACAAGUUCCGCGCUCGCAUCUCCGUGGUGUGCAUCACCGACAAGCUGACCGGGGAGCUGCGGUGCGACGGCUGGCCCGAGGUGAAGGUGGCGCUAGCACCGGUCGGACCGCUGAGACCCAACACUCAGGAAAGCGAUCUACAGACCACCAUCAGUGACAUCGUAGUCUGUGCUCUGCGCAACACCAACGUGCACUUCAACUUGGCCGGGUACCCCACCUGCCCGCGCCUGCGCAGACACGCCGACCCCGCGCCGCGCCUGCCGCUGCAUUAUGACUCUAUGUUAUCUCACGAGCGCGCCCUCUACACGCCGACAUCCAACUCGACCACCAACAUCGCGCAGCUCAUCGGCGACAAGCGACUGCUGGUCAAAGUGGUCGGCGCUAAGGGGAUUGGAGGCAAGUCCGGCUGCCACUCCCCCUACUGCGUGGUGGAGAUGGACGAGCCCCCGCAGCGCAACCAGACCGCCUUCAAGCGAGACACCGACUCCCCGCAGUGGGAGGAGCACUUCUUGUUUGACCUGUCGCCACAAACAGCGGAGCUGCUAUUUGAGGUGUACGACCGGAGCGCCGCGCCCGCGACAGGAACUGCGUCUAACCAGCACCGAUUCCUGGGUCUCGGUCUAGUUGGUAUAGACGAGCUGUUAGCCGCUCCGUCCCAGAGGCAACAGAUUGCUCUACAAACCAGACCUAUGGAGGAUGAGCAUGACGUCACAGGAACCCUUACUGUUGAGUUCCUGUUCAUCGAGGGUGCCGACAUCCCGGACAUGGGCUCGCGUCCGUUCAAGAUCAAGGAGUCGCUCCGCCAGCAGACGCCGCAGGGACUGACCACCACCACCAAGACUAUCUUCAAGCAGAACGGUCCAGAACACCAACAGCUGACGGAGCAAGCCCUGCGAGAGCUGGAGCUGUCCCCCACCAGCGCCGCCAACAAGUCCACCCUCAUCAUACACUCCGUGCAGCGGGAGCCAAAGCAGUCUAUUAAGGUCGAAAUGACUCAAUGCGGCAAAUUCAUCGAAGUGGAGCGCCAGAACUCAGUACCGCCAUCUAAUGGCGAGAAAAACGAACUAGCAGAGAAUAGAAAACUGGUCACGUCUAGCCCUAACCAAAGUCCUGGGAAGAGUGUUCGGAUAAAGGAGAACGGGGCUACGAACGGCGAUUCAUCGCAAGGAGACUACGUGAACCACGCCAACGACUCCACGGAUCUGCCGCCGGAGAAAACACCGAGGAGAAAGAGGAGGGACUUCUUCGGAACUAUUAAGAGAAGGUUGGGGAGGUCCCGCACGCGCGGACAGUCCAUGGAGCAGGACAGCGACGCGGAGAACAACCGCAUACGCAGCAUCAGCGCUGAGAGAAACCAUCAUGAUAAAGCGCUAGCCGUGCCCAACAGGAACGUCUACUCAGCCGGCGCGUCGCCCGUGCAGUCCGGCGACGAGUCAAGGACUUCACGCAGGUCCUCCCUUAGUGAAGUUUCCGGAUUCAGUACAGCGUCGGCGCGCACGUUCAUCCAUGAGGCGUCGACCCUGGUUCUGGAGACCAUAGAGGCUGGCAUAAAGAAACACUACCUGGUGCCGUUGACCGUCGCGCAGAGAUCAAGAUGGCGGAGGAAAGGUGUCAAACUGCACAUCUAUAACGAGCACACGUUUAUCGCUAAACAUUUGAGCGGCGGCACAACCUGCGAAGUGUGCACCAAGACAGUGGCCCGCCGCAUCGGCAAGCAGGGCUACGAGUGCCGCGACUGCCUGCUGCGCUGCCACAAGCAGUGCCACGUGAGAGUGCCCGGCACCUGCCCCCGGUCCACCGUGCAGAGUAUGGAGCUGUCUCAUUCCCAUAGCUUUGGGAAUGGAAGAUCUAUGCUCCCAGUGCUGAGUGAAUAAAUCGAGAAGACUGCAGGCCAACCUCCUUUUAAAAAGCACAGAAACUAAUUCUCAAAUCAGGAAUUACAUCUCGUCGCCUUACACGGACAAAAAUAUACGAAUGUUAUAGAUUCAUUUAAAAUAGUGUUACAAUCGGAAACAACAGAUCUGAUAAACAACCGCAAUGUCUGCACAAAAAAGAUUUAUAACUAUAUUAUGUAUAGAUGCAGUUUACCAUUUACAUUAUAAUAAUGCUAAUUUAGGAAAUAUACACAUCUCCUACUUAUAAAUAAGUGCUAAUAACUAGAUCUUUUAUACAAAAAUGCAUAUUUACAAUUAAAAUUUUAAUGCUACAUAUAAAUGAUAUUUAAAAAAUAAUUAAUUACCAACUCGUGUAGACAUUACAACAUUAGAUAUAAGGAUAAAAAUGGUUUUCUGGAAGCGAUUACUUAAGUGUUUUGGUAUAUUCAAAAAUAAGUAUCUUACAAAAUAAAUUUUAUACAAAGUGUAGGAUUAGUCUUAGAGAUCGCUAGUGCCCAACCUCAAAGCCAGGCAGAAUUUUACAAUAAAUUAUUGGCAAAAUAAACACUUUUGAUUUUUUUUUCAAUAUUUUUUUACUGUUGUUUUAUGUAAAUGUAGCGAAAAUGCUUUUGUUUGUUAUUUAUUUAGCUGGCUGGGAACAAUGAAAUAUGGAAACCUACAUCUGGUUUGAGUAAUUCAAAGCUGAGGUUUAAAAAAGUGUUAACUCUACCUCAUUUGUAGAAAAAAAAUGACAAUACAGUAACUUUUACCAUUUUGAAACUAUGUUGAUAAUUUUAUAUUUUGUUUUUUAAUCAUUAGUAUACAGUUAUGUUUUGUUCUUCUAGUUACCUUAUGUUAUGACACGCACAAAUACUUAUAGUCAUUUGUUAAAUAUACUUUUUUUGAAAUUAUUUAUAUUGAAUGUAGGAUUUAAUUUGUCUGUGCAAUAAAAAUACUAAAUUAAAUGACGUAUUCAUUCGACAAGGCGCUUGUUUAAAACAUAAAUACUUACUUAUCUACAUAAUAUUAUAAUGUAAAAUGAGUUUUGCAGUAUGUUACUAACUAGUUACCAUGGUGAUGUACCUAUAACUAUUUACGGUAUCGGCUAGUGUAUAAGUUAUUUAUGGUAUGGUACCUAUAUUCAUUGAAAUGGCUAAGCACACUCGAUCUACUUAUAAUUAAUACUUAAGUCAAAUAAAAUGGAUGCAAUAAAGUAUUGAGUAUUGAAAAUGUGCUAAAAUAUGGCUUGAGCAGUUACCUACAAACUUUUAUUAAAGAAAAUAAAUAAUAUACCAGACAGAAGUUACAAAAACUUAGCAUGAUACUAAAAAUACUAUCAGUAAUUCUGCUUUUUUUUGUUUAUUGAAUGUUUAAUUUUACGUAACCCCAGAAAAUGAAUGUAUUGUACCUACGUAUAAAUUGUACUUCUUGUGUAUGUAUAAUUACUACUUAAUAUUGUUAACGAGAUGAUGUUUUGUGAAUGUCAGAUAUAAAAUAUAUAUUAAAUGUUACGGAAGAGUGUGUUCUGUAAAUUACUUUUUUUUUAAUAAAAAAAAAUCUUUUUUA